AUGUUCGGUGCGAUCAGACACUCGAUAAGCAGUGCCAAUGGCUGCUGUUCCACGACAAUGGUUGCGCGAGGUUUAAAAUCGUGGCCGGGCGGUAAAAAAUAUAAUGGAUUCACUUACUAUCCGAGAAAAGGUGAAGUGGACCCUCCGUACACGCCGACCAAGUUGUUCAUGGUUCAGCGAGUGAAACCAUAUUUGUACAAUCCGUAUUGGCAGAAAAAAAUCUUGACCGACAUGGGCCUGGAUCAUAAGACUAGUGACAUAGCAAUUGUGAAAAAUACACCGGAGAUGAAUCUACGUCUUUGGAAGGUUAAACAUUUGAUAAAAAUAACACCAAUUCAAACACCUGAUGGACUACCUGAAAAAGAUGACCUGUGGGGUACGCAUUUGGACUCAGAAGGUGUAUUCAGGGUAGCUAAAUGUUAUAAUCCUGAUUUUAAGAGAUUAGAAGCUACUGAAGAAUUUGAAAAAUUGACUAAACGAGUGGAUAAAGUUUCUAUGGAAAAAAAUUGUCGAAACAAAUGGUUAAAUCCUUGGUCGACUAUUGUAUAAACUACCAAUAAAUGUUCAUAGUUAUAUUAAAUAAAUGUUAAUUAUUUUUCAU